CAGUGGCCACUGAGAAUUAUUAGGAGGGACCAAUGACCCUGUCAAAAAGAAAGACCUGUUCCUGGAUUUGAUGGGAGAUGUGAUGUUUGGUGUCCCGUCUGUGACUGUGGCCCGCUUCCACAGAGAUGCUGGAGCCUCCACCUACAUGUCUGAGUUUCAGUAUCGCCCAAGCUUCUCAUCAGACCUGAAACCCAAGACGGUGAUAGGGGACCACGGGGAUGAGCUCUUCUCAGACUUUGGGGCUCCGCUUUUCAAAGAGGGUGCCUCAGAAGAGGAGAUCAAACUCAGCAAGAUGGUGAUGAAAUUCUGGGCCAACUUUGCUCGCAAUGGGAACCCCAAUGGGGUGGGGCUGCCCCAUUGGCCAGCAUAUGACCAGAAGGAAGGGUACCUGCAGAUUGGCAUCACCACCCAGGCAGCCCAGAAGCUGAAAGACAAGGAAGUGGCUUUCUGGACUGAACUCCUGGCCAAGGCGGCAGUGGAGGAGCAACACCAGACAGAACAUGUUGAACUGUGAAUGGGUGGCCCAGCCAGCCUCAUGGUCCUCAGGGAGCCAGCACGGAGGUAUUCUACAAAAGGUGUUUAUGGGCCAAAGAGGCAUCUUAAUGCGGAAUCUGGGGAAUUGCCCAAUGGGAGUGGGCAGAGGUUGGGGAGGGGGAAUUUCUGUAUCAAUGGCCUCAAUUUUGGGAAUAAAUAUUCCUUUGGAGAC